AUGUCAUCUCUUCCGAAGACGAGCAUUAUUGUCUGCUACUUCAACGAAUCACCAUCGGUGCUCAUUCGAAUGGUGAACUCGAUCAUCGAUCGAACUCCUCUCGAGUUGAUCCAAGAAAUUCUGCUGAUUGACGACAGCAGUGAAUGGCCCGAUGCAUCAUUACAAGCAGCCGACUACCAGAAGAAACAUCCACAGUGGAAUAUGGUGAAAUUUUUGAGAACCCCGAGCAAUCAAGGCCUCAUCCGAGCUAAGGUUUUUGGAGCCAGAAAAGCUCGAGGAGAAGUUCUGGUUUUCCUUGAUAGCCACUGUGAGGUCAACCAGGAAUGGUUGCAGCCAUUGCUGGAACGAAUCAAGGAGAAACCAGAAAGGGUUGUGUGCCCCAUUAUUGAUAUCAUCGACUUGGAUAGCAUGAAGUAUGUGGAAUCGCCUGUUUGCAAAGCCGAUGCAUCAUUACAAGCAGCUGAUUACCAGAAAAAACAUCCACAGUGGAAUAUGGUGAAAUUCUUGAGAACUCCGAGUAACCAAGGCCUCAUCCGAGCUAAAGUUUUUGGAGCCAGGAAGGCUCGAGGAGAAGUUCUGGUUUUCCUUGAUAGCCAUUGUGAGGUUAACCAGGAAUGGUUGCAACCAUUGUUGGAACGAAUCAAGGAAAAACCAGAAAGGGUUGUUUGCCCCAUCAUUGAUAUCAUCGACUUGGAUAGCAUGAAGUAUGUGGAAUCGCCUGUUUGCAAAGGUGGACUCAAUUGGGGACUCACUUUUAAGUGGGACUACCCGCCACAUAUCUACUUCCUUGAUCCUGAGAAUUUUAUCCGUCCACUAAAAUCUGCGACAAUGGCUGGUGGUUUGUUUGCAGUGAAUCGGAACUAUUUCUUCAAAAUCGGCACCUAUGAUGAGGGCAUGGAUGUGUGGGGAGCAGAAAAUGUGGAGAUAUCAUUUAGGACAGAGUUUUUCAAAGCGCGACCGUACUUGGCAACGAAGAUGGAUUAUGGUGAUAUAAGUGAUCGGAUACAACUGAGAAAAAACCUUCACUGCAAAUCAUUCAAAUGGUACCUUGAAAACAUCUAUCCAGAACUUCUUCCGAAUAAUAUCCCUGAAAAACACGAGAUCGUUGAAAAGCCGGCACAAUUUGGAAAGAAGUAUCAAAUUCGAUUAGCAAAUACGACAUUCUGCUUAUCUGCCGAAUCCUCGCAGGGAAGGAUAUCACGAGGCGCCAGAGUUGAAAUGAGGGUUUGUCAUGGGAAACGAGAGCAACAGUGGAGAUGGAAUGAAAAUGUGAGCAUAGCCUUUACAAUACUUCUUUCUACAGGUUUUUAA